GGCUCCACGCGGGGGGCCUUGUCAGCGCCUUCGCUGUUGCCGCUGUUGCCGCCGCCGCCGCCGCCGCCGCCGCCGCGCUGCCGCUGCCGCGGUUGCUGGGGGUCGGUGAGAGGUGGAGCUGUAGCGAGCCCUGUGGAGUCCGUCUGUGUUGCUGUUUUUGCCUGACGAGUCUUCUUUCCUGCGUCGCUCCCGGACUCCCGUGGUGUCGAGGGGGAGCCCCUGCGGACACCUGGGCUCGCAGUGGAGAUGCCUCUCUUUGCCACCAAUCCCUUUGAUCAGGAUGUUGAGAAAGCAACAAGUGAGAUGAAUACUGCUGAGGAUUGGGGCCUCAUUUUGGAUAUUUGUGAUAAAGUUGGUCAAUCUCGAACUGGACCUAAAGAUUGUCUUCGGUCUAUUAUGAGGAGGGUGAACCAUAAAGAUCCUCAUGUUGCUAUGCAAGCUCUGACUCUUCUAGGAGCAUGUGUAUCAAACUGUGGCAAAAUUUUUCAUUUAGAAGUAUGUUCAAGAGAUUUUGCUAGUGAGGUGAGCAACGUACUAAACAAGGGUCAUCCUAAAGUCUGUGAAAAAUUAAAGGCUCUUAUGGUUGAAUGGACAGAUGAAUUUAAGAAUGAUCCACAGCUUAGUCUAAUAUCAGCAAUGAUUAAGAACCUUAAGGAACAAGGAGUUACAUUUCCAGCUAUUGGCUCUCAGGCUGCAGAACAAGCGAAAGCGAGCCCAGCAUUGGUUGCCAAAGAUCCUGGUACUGUGGCUAACAAAAAGGAAGAAGAAGAUUUAGCAAAAGCUAUUGAGUUGUCCUUGAAGGAACAAAGGCAGCAGUCAACCGCCCUUUCUACUUUGUACCCAAGCACAUCCAAUCUCUUAACUAACCACCAACAUGAAGGCCGAAAAGUUCGUGCUAUAUAUGACUUUGAAGCUGCUGAAGAUAAUGAACUUACUUUUAAAGCUGGAGAAAUAAUUACAGUUCUUGAUGACAGUGAUCCCAACUGGUGGAAAGGUGAAACCCAUCAAGGCAUGGGGUUAUUUCCCUCUAAUUUUGUGACUGCUGAUCUUACUGCUGAACCAGAAAUGAUUAAAACGGAGAAGAAGACGGUACAAUUUAGUGAUGAUGUUCAAGUAGAAACAAUAGAGCCAGAACCGGAGCAAGCCUUUAUUGAUGAAGACAAAAUGGACCAGUUGCUACAGAUGUUGCAAAGUACAGAUCCCAGUGAUGAUCAGCCAGAUCUUCCAGAGUUACUUCAUCUCGAAGCAAUGUGUCACCAGAUGGGACCUCUCAUUGACGAAAAACUGGAAGAUAUUGAUAGAAAACAUUCAGAACUCUCAGAACUUAAUGUUAAAGUGAUGGAAGCACUUUCACUGUAUACCAAGUUAAUGAAUGAAGAUCCAAUGUAUUCCAUGUAUGCAAAAUUACAGAAUCAGCAGUAUUAUAUGCAGUCAUCUGGUGUUUCUGGUUCUCAGGUCUAUCCAGGGCCUCCCCAAAGUGGUGCUUACCUGGUUGCAGGGAGUGCGCAGAUGAGCCAUCUCCAGAGCUACAGUCUUCCCCCAGAGCAGCUGUCUUCUCUCAGCCAAGGAGCAGUUCCACCAUCUGUAAACGCAGCCCUUCCCAGUCAGCAGACUCAGGCUUCUUACCCUAACACAAUGGUCAGUUCUGUUCAAGGAAAUACAUACCCCAACCAGGCUUCAGUAUAUAGUCCUCCUCCUGCUGCUGCUGCUGCUGAUGUCACUGUAUACCAGAAUGCAGGAACUAGUAUGUCCCAGGUGCCGAACUAUAAUUUGACAUCGUCAACGCUGCCUCAACCAGGAGGCAGUCAACAGCCACCUCAGCCACAGCAACCAUAUUCUCAGAAGGCUCUGCUAUAGGACUUGGGAUUCCUGUUUGUGGCAAAUAUCCGCUAAAUGCCGCUGACAAUGUUAUGAGGUUCUUUAAUAUCAUAAGGUUUGUUUAUCCUCAGCUUAUAGGAAUCUAUCUUGGUCUACAGGUUCAAAUAUUCAAGAAGGUAGAACUCUCUUCAAUUUGCACUGACUUUUUAGAGGUUCUCCCCUCCCCUCCCCUAGAGGAUUGAAACUACUUACAACAUUUAAUUCCUUUCAUAAUAUGGAAGAAUUGCUACAAGAUUAUUUGUCUCAUGAAAUUACCUGGUCUGCAAAAGUCAAACUUACAAAAAACUGUUGUGGCAAAUGUUAUGUACAUAUAUUGCUGUGUAACUUCAUUGGUGGCCAUUUUGAAUCACAGUGGUGAUCAUGUGAAUAUAUUUAACACUGUUAAAUUAAUUUACAUUGCUAUUUUAUUUUAAUCAUGAACAACUACCAUGUUUCAUAAUGUUUUGUGUAAAUUUAAGAUAAUUACACUGUCCCUUUAAACUGCAAGAGAACAAAGCUGUAGCAUAUUUACGUGAAGGCAUUAUGUUGUCCAUGUUUCAGUUUCACGUUAAACUGAACCUUCCUUGGACUCAUUGUGAGCUAAACUUAGGUAUUUGAUGUCUUUCUGUAGCCUCUGCGUACUACUAGCUGUCAUCAUACCAGCGUACAGGAGCUAAAUUUUUGGUUCACGUACAGCAAAUCAUGGUGUUCCCUUUUAAACUUUUACAUUUCGGCAUGAUAUUUCAGAAUAUUGUGGGACCAUGAGACAAAAUUAAGUAGGAUCACAUUCUUUAUAUCUUAUUUUUAAAGGAAUAAUGUUGAUUUACUUUUUCCUAGUUGAAGAUAGUAAUUAGAUUUCUAAGCUGUAUACUGUGUUUAUUGGUGGCAGUGACACCAAAGAUAGAGGCAAUGGAUAGAAAUUUUUAAACUGGAAAGAAAACAUGAAUUACACUACAUUUUCAAAGUCUCUUGUAAUUAUUGAGGAUAUAAACAAAAUUUGAUUCAUCUGUCUUUUCCCACUGUUAGUCUUUUAAAUGUCUUUAACAAUUGUAUCCUUUAAUUGUUCAUUAAAAUGGAUAUAAGUAGAUGUUUCAAAGUAUUCUAUAUUCUGGUUUUGCUUAAGAGUUUGUAUAUUCUUAUCUUUCAAACUGGAAUUUUGGGGCUCCUCUCAAAGUUCUAAUGGAAUUAUUUUGGCUUCCUAUUCAGGAGUAUUUUUGGAUGAAGGCUUUCCUUUUGAUCUACAUGAAAUAUGUUUUCCACUGACAUUUUAAUCUUCUUAAAUGUUUAUCAUUUCCCUAGUUGUGCUAUACUGCUAUUUAACACUAUUUAAACAAAUGAAAAAUGGAGUUCAGCAUUAUAUUAAAUGAAUUGACUUAACAUGUUUCACACCAUAAAUGAACAUUUAAUUUGUAUUUUCUAAGACUACUGUAAUCAAGUAACUUUUUCCUCUUCUUUUUGACAAAUGGUUCCAUCUGUGGCAAGUAAUCUUAAUGGUGACUAAUGUUAUAGGUUCAAAUUUACAAGCAUCGUCUUCAACUUCAGUAUGUCACCCUAGUGUGUUAUCCUGAGUUUAGAGUAUGUUUCCCUCAAAACAGUAAUUUUAAAACUUGAAUUCAUACUUUACACUAAAAACAGUUUUAAUAUAUUGUU